CUUAUAAAAAGCGUCUGCCAGUCGACUUCUGGUCCGACUGGAGGAGGUUCACGUCAACUGAGGCUUAAAUUACCCCUCUGCACUAUGGAAAACCAGACUUUAAGAACAGAUAUUCUGCUUGUGGAGGGGUUAAAGGUCAGCCUGGAGUCCUCCAUUCCCGCCUUCAUCAUCCUCCUCCUCAUCUAUAUCUUCAUCAUGGUGUCCAAUAUCUGCCUUGUAGUCCUGAUCACCACGGAGAGGAGCCUUCACCAGCCAAUGUAUCUGCUCUUCUGCAACAUGAGCGUUAACGAUGCAUUGGGGGCCACGGUCAUCAUUCCUCGCUUGCUGAGUAACAUUUUUGUUCCGAGCAGCGACCGCUACAUUCCUUACAUUGACUGUGUCAUUCAGGCGUUUUGUGGUCAUGUUUAUGCCAGUGCCACCCACACUAUACUAAUGAUCAUGGCUUUUGAUCGAUACGUUGCGAUCUGCAACCCUCUGCGAUACGCCACCAUCAUGACCAACAGGAUGGUGGUGAAGCUGUCGGUGUCGGCGUGGAUGGUGGCUUUGUUGAUGGUGUUGAUCCUCAUUGGCCUCAGUGUCCGCCUGUCGCGCUGCAGGUGGAUUAUAUUCAACCCGUACUGUGACAACGCCUCCUUGUUCAAGCUGUCCUGUGAAAGCGUCCUCAUCAAUAACAUCUAUGGCCUCGGAUACACCGUGGUCCUGCUGGGCUCCUCCAUCGGCAGCGUAACGCUCACGUACCUGAAGAUCGCCGCAGUGUGCGUUCUCAAUAAGAACAAGGUCCUGAACAGCAAAGCCCUGCAGACCUGUGCCACCCACCUGGCUGUGUACAUCAUCAUGUUUGUGUCUGGCUUAAUCAACAUCAUCCUCCAUCGAUUCCCAAACUUAUCCGAUUACAGGAAACUGGCAUCCAUCUUGUUCCACGUGGUCCCUCCUGCUAUGAACGCUAUUAUCUAUGGACUACAAAUCAAAGUUGUCAGACAAAAAUGUUUCAUUAUGUUUACCAGGAAAACAACGACUGUAGCAGAGGUGAAAUGACUCAAUACUGAAUUAAAUGUGAAUUAUUGUUAAUAAAAUAGUUGGCACUUGACAUGUGAUUAAAAAGUGAUGUGAAUUUCCUUUUUUAUUUAUUUUCAAAAUAAAUUUCAUUUCUCAACACUCA